CACUAGGGGUAGUCGUCGUCAUCAAUGGUUUCCUCUCCGGCUCCGGCAGAGGCUGCCGUUGACCUGAAUCUGAGUGUUAAUCUUAACGAUUCAGAUUCAAAUUCAGUUUCAGAUUCAGGAGUUACGAGGAGGAGCAAUUUAUUAUCAUUAUUAUUAUGUUGGUGCGAGGAUUCGUUGUUUGAUGUUUUGUGUAGAUUAUCACAAAGGGAUUUGGUUAAGUGCAAGAUGGUGUCCAAGUCCUGGCAAUGGCACCGAAUAAUCUCCCGUGUGUGGCUGCGGAUGUUUUGGCCGCGGUCUCCUACCGUGGGUCUUUUCUACCGUACGAUCCACUCUUGCGGUAUGUAUCAGUUACUCUCCCUGGUCUAUUUAUAUGAUUAUCCCUUCUUCAAGUCCCCCGAAUCGUCGUCACCGCUUGUGGAUUUGGGCGGUGAACUGUGUCGGUGGCAGAGACGUGACUUCUCUGACAAUCUCAGGGACUCUUGUAAUGGGUUACUUCUGUUGUUCAACCCAACAACUUACCAGUUUUGUGUGAGCAACCCCAUCACUAAGCAACACGCCUCCAUCCCUCUUCCUGUAGUCGAAGCCGAGGAGGCCGAUUUCUGUGCUGCCUUGGCUUAUGACCCUGUCGAGUCAGAUCACUACAGAGUUGUUCGAAUUGAUUAUUUCCAUUCCCAGCAACAACCAACCUCCAUAACCACAACCACCCCAAUGGACAUUUUCUCGUCGCAUUCUAGACACUGGGUUCGACAUGGGUUGCGACUUGACCCCAAUUUUGUUGAGGGCUUCAAAAGGUUCAAACUUUGCAGGAAAUUUUUCUACUUGCGUGGGGUGUUAUACAGCUUAGCUACCUCAGGGAAACUUUUGUGUAUUGAUCUCAAUACUGUUGAAGCUCGUGCCUUUCAACUCCCUCCUUGUCCUGUCCAUGAGGAGAAGGACCAUGACGAUGAUGAUAAAACAAUGAUGGGAUGUCUUGGGGUGUCAAUGGACCUUGUCUGUUAUGUAAACCGUGAUGCUUCAGAUAAUUUUUAUUUUUGGUCUUAUGAUGAUCGACCAGGAUGUGAAUCUGGUGAUAGAUGGACUCUCAGAUAUAGUGUGGGUGGCAUGACGUUAAGAAUGAAAGUGCUUUUCGCUUCGGAUGUCAAGUACAAUCAACACCAUGAUACUCUGGUACCCUUUACAAUAAGUCCAAAUUCUCAUGUGCUGUUCUUUGGCACUCGAAGGCUGAUCUUUCGCUAUGACUUAGAAAGCAGAAGAAAGCUGAAACUGCUUCAUAUGCCAGUGUGAUACAGAAAAAGAUUCCUGGAUUGAGCAUGUGGACUCUUACUUUGUACAUAAAGACAGAAGACCCUUUUUUUUAUCCUAGCGAAAUGCAGUUAUGUGCGGGGAUGGAGGAGAUGGAAUUACCCAAGCCACAACAACAGCAUUGUCCAACAGCAACUGAAUUCUCAGUUUCCAAUUUGUCGUCCAGGUCGUUGUUCAUUGAGAAGGACUGAUGACUGAUGACAACACAACAUUGACAGUGGAAAUGCCACUUAGUACUACGGUGUAGUGGUAUUCCUUUUCAUUUGUAAGUGAGAGGUCUCUUAGGUUCGAUUCUCCACAAAUGCGAGUUUGGACCGCAUUAUUGUUAGCCCAUUAUGAGGUUAAGUCCACCUCCUCCCCUUAGUUUAAAUAAUAUCGUUUGUAAAAAAAAAAAAAAUUAAAUAAAUAAAUAAAUUGACAGUGGAAAUAGCCUAAGACUAAAAAUUAGCUCAAGAACUAUAUAGCUAGAAACCUAGAAGUGAUGUAGAGCUCGUUUGGAUGUGCUUUUAAAAUGACUAAAAGCGCUUUUGUUGAAAAUAUUUUUGGAACUAAUUCUUAGUAAAAAUGCAAGUAUAUUCUGAAAAAAGCACUUAAAGUGCUUCCUGAAAGAAGCACAUAAUUAGUGCUUCUUGCAUAAAGCAUUUUAAGUGCUUUUGGAACCAAAAAAUAUUUUCUCUAAAAGCGUUUUCAAUCAUUUUAAAAGUACAUCCAAACGAACCCGUAAUUAUAAAAGUACUAACCUCUUUCUCUGGCUCAAAAACUCUCCCUCGCACUCUUCUUUUUCUUCUUCUCCACUUGCUUUGUGUGGGGGAUAUUUUGAUCGAGUUGGAUUUGGGCCUCAGUGGAUACUCCCAGUUCCCCUGGUUCGUUUCCAAUAUCAAGUCUCGAGAUGUCUCGAAAGAAUUAGCGUGUCUUAAGAAAUAUCUCAGUUGAAUCAAUGGCUAAAGAAUGAAUACUUAAGACAAAUUAUGGCUCGCCCAAGUGUGGUCGUGAAUUGGAAGCUAAAACCUUAUUAGUUUAGCGAGAAGCACCAUCGUUGGCUUUGGCUAGUCACACUAAGCAGUGAAAGCCGGGGCACGGAGGACAACGACGACGUUGUGACUAAGAUCAUAUAAACUAUUAAGUCGCUCACCGUCCAAGAGAACUGCUCCGUUCCAGCCAACGUGUCCAUCACCAAACCCUUGACUGUGGAGUUGACAAAGUGUGAGAUGAUGAGCAAGAAGUGGGGUGUUUUGUGGGGAACCCUGUAUGAAAGGCAGCAAAAGUUAUGGGAUGGCACAAACAUAAAGUUGAGUGUGAAGUAUUCUGUUGGUGGAACGGUGGAAGUGAUGAGUGGUGGAUUCAAAAGGAUGUAAAAGUAAAAGGAAGGGUUCAAAAAUAAGGAAAAAUAAAUAAAAAAAAUUGUAACAGCUUGCUUGAUGAGAAAAGAGAAAACGAUGGUAAGAUAUUAUCUAUUCUAAAAUUGAGGAAGGAUUUGACUGUAGCUUAGCUACAGUCAAAAUUUUGUCCCUUGAUUUUGCCUUAUUUACACACUGCUGCCACCAAAUCUGUGGCUGGGUUGGGGUUUGGGCUGCCUCAAUUUUUUU